AUGGAAGGAAACAACGAUGAAAUUAUUAAAAAAAUUGAAAAAAUAGAGGAAAAUAACGAUGAAAUUAUUAAAAAAAUUGAGGAUCUGCAUAAGAGCACCACUGCCGGCAUCGACACCAUUAAGUUGAUUAUAGCUGAAAAUGAAUUAAAACAGACCUUGUUGGAUUAUUCAGAGAAAAAACUUUGCACUGAAAUUAACAACCUCAAGAGCGAAUUGAAUAAAACAUUUGCAAGUGUUGUUGGUUCGGAGGUCAAAAAAAGUGUUGAUAGCAUCAACUUGGAGGUAAAGAAUGUCAGCAAAACUAUAAACACUGUUAUUGAAUCAAAGGAGAGAGAAACGAACAUGAUUGUUUUCCGAUUGAAAGAGGGGGAUGCUGAUAAGACCAGUAUAGAAAAAAUAGUGAAACACAUGACAAAGGGGACAUGUGACCAGAAAAACAUCGUCAAAAUCUAUCGACUUGGCAAAAAAAGUGACAUCAUUACUCGUCCGAUUUUGAUCAAAUUUGACGAUGGAAAAAACAAGGAAUUGGUCCUAAGAAACAGUCACAGAUUAAAAUCCAUUGGUGACGAUUUGACGGGUAUCGGUCUGAGCCACGAUCUUACAAGUGAACAAAGGACUGAACUAAAACAGCUUGUCAGUAGUGCGAAGAAACAGGAAUCUGAGGAUAAAGAGGGAAAGUGCUACGUUUACCUGCAAGAAAACAAUAAAUUCGGACCUGGAAACAAGAAAUAUAAUACUAAUAAGAAGAUGGUUAGGAUUGGUUUGUUGAAUGUCAGGUCUAUCAACAAUAAGGUUGUUGAUGUCUAUGGAAUGAUUUAUGAUGGCCUCGACAUACUGGUUCUGUGUGAAACAUGGCACGGGACCGAAGGUAAUAUUUCCGUUAGAUUAGCUAUGCCACCUGGUUUCACAUUUGUGGAUUUUGUCAGGCCGCAUGACCCUGGUUACGGGGGUUUGGUAAUUUAUUUUAGAAGUGAUUUAAAGUAUAAAAAAAUAAAUCUCCCUUUAUUUUCCAAGUUUGAAGCUCUGGCCAUUAGAUUGAAAAUUGGAAUUGACCAGUUCUGUUUAAUUGCCCUCUACAGACCUGGCUCGGAACAGACGACUUCAUUAUUCUUUGAAGAGUUGAUUUCUAUGUUAGAGUUUAUUAAAAUGUCGGAGGCUCAUGUCGUACUUAUGGGUGAUUUUAACAUUUACGUUAAAAAGAGGGAUAGUCCUUUCACUUUACGACUACAUGAGAUACUUGAUAUGUUCCAGUUGGUCAAUCAUGUUAAUCAACAAACACAUGUGUCGGGAGGUACGUUAGACCUAGUAAUUUGUUCACAGGAUUUUCCAAUUCUUAAUACUAAGAUUGACCCGUGUUCGGUAUACUCUGACCACAGUUACGUAGGUGUGAGAGUGGCGUUGAAUCAAGUCCGACCAAAAUAG